AUUGGUGUUUAUAUCAGUUAUCACACGUAUGAUUGGUCUUGAGGCGUACAAAGAGAGAAGGGGGAAGGAGUCGCUUCGUGUUCCUCUCGGUUCCCCUCUUUGCUCUCCUAUACUUCGCGGCAUCCUUUCUCUUUGAUCAUGGAUUCUGAUCAGGGCCAACCACUUCCUAAAUUCGGGGAGUGGGAUGUGAAUAAUCCUGCAUCUGCUGAAGGUUUCACUGUCAUAUUUAACAAAGCUCGAGACGAAAAGAAGACAGGCGGUAAUUCAGGUGCAGCAGCAACACCAUCAAGAAAUGAAGGUUUACAGCCGGAUAUUGGCGAUCACCAUCCUUCCAAAACUCGCAAAUGGUUCUGCUGUGGGUGAUUGAUGUUGAGUGAUUCGGCUGUGGUUCACUGAGGCUGAAAGCCUCACGACAUGGUGAUCGUAGUUUGGGGUUGCAGGGUAAGGGGAGUUUGUUUUAACGUACAAAUUUGACUUGAAUUAUUAUUUCCCUUGGUUCGUGUGUGUUGUAUUAUAUAUUACUAAGAAAGAAAAACAUAGUUUGACGAA